UUCAACAUCUGCUAACAUGACUCGAUUCUUCUGCUGUGGAAACUAUUUCCCAGGGUAUCCUUGCUAUGGUACCAACUGGCAUAGAAGCUUCAGAGCCACUCCCUUGAACUGUGUUGUGCCACUGGGCUCUCCCCUGAACUAUGGACAAGGUUGCAAUGGCUACAGCUCACUAGGUUAUAGCUUUGGUGGUAGCAACUUCAGCAACCUUGGCUGCUGUUAUGGAGGCAGCUGCUGUAGACCCUGGGGUUCUGGUUCUGGCUAUGGAUACAGCACCUAUUGAAGACAUGAAGACAGACAACGGAGUGACCAAUUUUAGAACAACUGCAUAUUCUAUAGACCAAGAAGAGGUUCCAAGAAGUGUUGGAAGAAUCAGAUUUCAUCUACUACUCACUAACAUUGUGCUGGAUUACCAUUUUGAUGCUUCGGAACUCAGUUCUUGAUACCUCAGAACUCCUUCACGUGAACUAAAAUUCACUUAAAGUCAUUGAUGACAAAUUUUUCCUCAUGUCAAUAAUGAAAGAAAUAUUUUUCUGUUUGCUCUGUGAUUUUUGUUUCUCUACUUCUGCCUUGAUGAAUUUCAAGUUGGGAGUGAGAAGGGUGUCUGGGAUUUAGCCUACUAAUAAAAC